AUGGGGUGUACACCUUCACACAGUGACAUUGUAAACAGUGUGGCAAAGAGUGGCAUCCAAUUUUUGAAAAAACCCAAAGCAAUUUUGCCAGGACGUCAGGGGGGCAGUGAAAGAGAUUCCAUCCCUUUGCUGGUUAAAAGCUCCACCUGCUAUGACUCAGGGGGGGGCCUGCCCCAGGGACAGAGGCUGGCAGAGGAGCACCCAAGUUCCAGGAAGACCCAAACCACGGCUGAAGGUCCUGGUCAGCUCAUGGGAGAUCCCGCUUCCGGCAAAAGGAAAGGUACAAAAGGACUGAUCCCAGAAACCAAGACCUCCCCAUCAAAGCUGAACAAAUCACAAAGCCUCAUGGCUAAGGACAUUACGUCCAAGACACAGGACUCCCACAGGUCACCAGGGGCAGCCUUUUCUGGGGAAGAGAAUGAGGAAAGUAUUACCCAGGAGACCUCUAAGUGGGACAGGAAGCCAAAAUGCCACAGGGUGUGCAAACAGGGCCAUUGCUGCCAAGCUGGCCUCUCUGCUCAUGGGUCUGAAGGCAAAGUGGACUUCCCUGAGCCCCUGGUGAAGGCCCACCAACAUGCUUACGCCUAUCUGCACUCCAGCCUCUCCAAAUAUGAAGCAAUUCUGUGCAUCAUCCAUCGGGCCACCCAGACCCGGGAGCUGCUGCAGCCCAUGGUCAGCUUCCUGCUGCUGUGCUUUGAGGAGAUCAGCCAGCUGUUGGGGGAGAUCUCCAAGGAUGGAGAAGUGCUCCUCCAGGAAGUUAGGGAGGAUCUGGCUUGGCCAUUGAAGAAAGGAGAGCCCGAGGAGCAGCCAGAUCUCCUGCAACAGCUACUGCAGUACACAGUGAGCAAGCUUCAGGUGCUCAAUGGCACGGUGGCCUCACUCACCGGCAGCUUCCUGGAGGGCUCCAGCAGCUACCUCCACUCCACUGCGAGCCACUUGGAAAAUAAGAUGAGCACAAAAAGGGCAGUGGAUGAACGCCUGCUGAGGGCUCUGGGACAACUAGGGAGCCUGGCGAGUGGCCAUGGUGACCCUGGGGCACGGGAUCUGCCCUUGUGCUCUGAGGACAGUGGCAUUGGUGCUGACAAUGACUCUGUGCAGUCCAUGGACAAGCUGGGCAAGCAAGCCAGCUGGGACAGUGCACCCGAGCCUGUAGAAUGGAAGCCAGUGAUUUUACCCCAAGCAGAGGCCAAGCUUUCAGGACAUGCCUGGCAGCAAAGUCCAUCCUGGAUGAGUUCAGACAGACCCCAGGACUGCCCGCUCUCAAGGCCUCCCAUGGCAAAGAUUCAGCCAGCAGCACAAGGUGAAGCCAGAAGCCCAUGCCCCUCCGGCACAGGCCCAGAAAAUAUUACCUCCGAGCCCUUGGCACUGGGCAAAAGCACUCCAUGUGAUUCUCUUGGGACGGGGGACCCCAUGGAAGCACAUCUUUCGAAAAGCUCCAGAUUGAUGGAUGCUUCAUCUGUUAGUGAAGGUGAGAACAGCAGUCCAGAGGAGGAGGAAGAUGAAGGUAGCAGCGUGAGUCUGUGUGCAUGGCAGGAAAAACCUCCGUAUUCAAGGCCACGGACUUCGCCUGCUAACCGGGAAAGCCCAUUUAAGCCACAUCCCAGGAGGCUUAAGAGCCCCCAGCUCCAGGAAAUGAUUCUGAAGAUGAAGGAAUCAAUCAGUGAAAGGAUCAAGUUUGUCCCUGUGCCCUCUGGGCACCAGGACUGGGCCGAGGAGGAGGAUGAGAGGACAGUGGUCCCACCAAGACCCAGCACGGUCAGUGGCAGCAGGAGAGCCCCGGAGAGACAGAGGAGGUCUCAUUCAGAGGGGUGUCUGAAGAGCCAUGUGGAGGACCCCACCCUCCAGGAGCUGAGAAGGGUCCAGAGAGACCUCAGUCAGAAGCUGGAGGUAUUUUACACCCUGGGUGCCAAACAGCAGAGGUGCAGCAAGGAGCAGAUUCUACAGCCCAGAACAGUGGCUCUGUGGCCCAGCAACAACUGCAGGGUCAGCCCAAGCAACACCGUCAGCAAGCUCAAGGCAUCCCUCUCCAAGAACUUCAGCAUUCUGCCUAGUCAGGACAAGAGCAUUUUGCAGAAAUGCGGUCCUCACCCUGAGGAUGAACAGCCAUGGCAGGAGAAAGCUGAGAAGCUUCCUAAUGCCAUCCCACCAGAUGAGAAGGACAGUGAGGCUCCCGGGACCAAGGACUGGAAUGUCAGGGGCUGUCCCACCAGAACAUCAGUCAAGAAACUCAUUGAAACUUUCAGUCCCACUGAGAAUCUGAGGACACCAGGGGACCCCAAGAACUCAGGGUCAAACCCCUAUCUCAGGAAGUGGGGGGUCCCCAUUAUGCCCCCCCGAUUUCCCAUUUACAGGGGGCUUUCCCCUCUAUAUCCUAAGCCCCAGAUUUCCCCAGCAGCAGGCAGAGAAUCUCUCAAAGUGGGCAUAGGCUGGAGGCCUUCAGCACCUGUCUUUCCCCCUCUGCUCACAGCAGAAGUAUCCAAGACUGAAGACAUCACCAGCGAAACAAAGGGGGACCCAGAGCUUCUCCCUCCACCACCUCUGGAAGUCCUGAUGGACAACUCAUUCACUUCUCUGGAGCCCUCAGAAAGCAGCAAGCCAGCAGGGAGCUCCCCUGAAGGGAGCCAGGUCCCAGGGCUGGAAGAGGCCAACCCUGCCAGGAGAACGUGGGCUUCCCCAAAGCUGAGAGCCUGCAUGAGUCCCAUGGACUUGCUGCCCAGCAAGAGCACUGCCAGCCCCCUCAAGCCCCACAGCACAUGGCCAGGGAGUAACAGGAGCAGCUGCAACUCCGGGAAGCUUGCCUUGGACCUGAGCCACCCACCAGCAACCAGCCAAACCCCAGAGGCGGAGCACAGGGCGCAGAGUCAGGCACAACCAGAGAAGGCCACAAGCCUCCACAAGCCUCCCCGGAAGGCAGUCACCUGGCAUCGCUCCAGCCACACGUCUGGGCAAAACAGGACCUUGGAACCCAGCCUGGCCAGACCAUCACGAGGGCCACAUUCUCCUGAGGCCCUAAAGCAGAGCCAAGAGAGAAGCCCCUCAGUGGUCAGGAAGGCCUCUCCUGUGAGGGCACAGUGGACGCCCCAAGCAGACAAGAGGCACCCAAGCCUGCCCUCCUCUCACAGGCCUGCCCAGCCAAGUCUCUCCACUGUGCACAAGUCCUCCAGCCCACCACUCAGCUCUGGAGCCCCCAGCCCACCAGUGAGCCCCAGGGUGCUAAGCCCACCAACAACAAGGAAGCAAACUUCCCCACCGCCUCAGCACAAGCUGCCCAGCCCUCCACCCAUGAGCCCACCUGCUCAGCACAAGGUCUCUAGCCCUCCUACCCAGGGCACAGAAGCAAGUUCCCCUUCCUCUGUUUCCUCCCUCUCCCCACCAGUGUCCCCCUCCCAGGGGCACAAGGGAACAAGAGACUCUGAAGACAGUCAAGCAGCCACAGCCAAGGUGUCUGAGAACACAUGUUCCAUAUUCUGCCCAGCUACCUCCUCUCUGUUUGAAGCUAAAUCACCGUUCUCAACAGCCCACCCAUCGGCCCCACCAUCGCUGCCAUCAGAGGCUGGGGGCCCUCUUGGGAGCCCAGCGGGAUGUUGGAGGAGCAGCUCAGGGCCCCGACUGAGGGCGGAUUCACAGAGGAGAAAGGCUCUGUGCACCCUCAACCCGCUGCCUUUUGUCAGAAGGACAGCUUCUGACCGACAGCCAGGUGUCCGGCUUCAGCUGCCUGUCUCUGGCUCCACCAGCACCUCUUGUGAAUCCCAGCUCAGCCGCAGCAGCAGCAAUGAGGAGAGCCCCAAGAAGGACACAGAGCCUUGGAGCAGCCCCUGUGCCCCAGAACUGCAGGGCAGCGGCUGGCGGGCACCUGCCCCAGAGCUCUGCGUGCUGGGCCAUGGGCUGCAACGGGAGGCCCGCACCGGCUGCAUCCAGGACAAACCCCAGCCAGAGACACAGCCCCUGCAGAAGGAGGUGGCCUGA